GAUGCCCAGAUGAGAGCCACCAUCAACCAGAAGCUCAUCGAAACAGGAGAGCGAGAGCGCCUUAAAGAGUUGCUGAGAGCCAAAUUAAUUGAAUGCGGCUGGAAGGAUCAGCUGAAGGCACAUUGCAAAGAUGUCAUUAAAGAAAAAGGAUUAGAGCACGUUACUGUUGAUGACUUGGUGGCAGAAAUCACCCCCAAAGGCAGAGCCUUGGUGCCAGACAGUGUAAAGAAAGAGCUCUUGCAAAGAAUAAGAACCUUCCUUGCCCAGCAUGCCAGUCUUUAACUGUGACAUUCACCUGGGAUACGGUGUUUCUGGUUCUGUGUUAUGUCAGUCAUGUCAGGAUUGGAAUGCAGUUUACAUAGUUAAGGACGGAAAAUC